ACUGUUUCGUCAACGUACGUACUUGCGGGAAAAAGUAAUAUAGUAAAAUAUAAAAUUUAUUAAUUAUAUCAGUUUGAAAUUCGUAUUCUGAUAUAAAUAAUGAAGAUCAACUACGCUCAUCUGCUUGUGAAGGUGCAUUAUUUCUUUUACGUGGGAAGUGUAGGUCCUAUUUUGCCAUUUCUGUCAGUUUACGGAAAACAGAUCGGUAUUUCACCGUUAAUUAUUGGUAGCAUCGCUGCCAUUUUGCCUAUACUGUAUCUAACAGCGAAACCAAUAUUCGGUUUUAUCAUGGAUUAUUUUGAAGCAUGGAGAAAAAUAAUUUAUCUGUCGUUGUAUAUCAUAGCACAUACUUGUUUCAUAAUGAUAGUAUUAUUACCCCCACUACCGGGUGUAAUGCCAUUAAAGUAUCAUUUUCAAAACAUAACUUGUGUAACUUUGCCACAUUGUAAUAUAAAUUAUCAUGCAUCGGCAAUUCGAUCGUGUAAUGGUACAAAAGACGCAACGUGUCAUUGGACAUGUAAGGAUCAUAAUUUUUCUAUGCAAUUGUCUUUUCAUGGGGACCAAAAGAAAGUGAUUAUCUCACCAGACACUACGUGCUUAUUAAAUAUCAAUCAGACAUCAAUGUGUCAAGGAAAUGUAACAAAUUAUAAUUGUAAUGUUUCUUGUGACGAUUUCAACGACGAUCAAUGUCUAUAUAAAUCUUUCACAUUUUGGAGUUUUGCCGUGUUGAUGUGUUUAGGAGAAUGUGCAAUUUAUGUUUUCAUUAGUUUAACCACUACGAUUUGUCUCGGCAUAUUAGGAGAAGGUAAACGGUUAAAAUUCGGUAAAUUGCGACUUUGGGGUACAAUCGGUUUCGGUAUUACAGCAUGUUUAACUGGAUAUAUGAUAGAUUUGUGGUCACAAGAGGAAGUCUACAAAAUGUACACACCGUCGUUAUUUUUAAUGAUUAUAUUUGCUAGUAUCGAUAUAAUCUGUUGUAUAAGAUUAAAGUUGCCAUUUGAAUCAACGUCGACAACCAUACUGAAGGAUGUAUUUACUCUCCUGAAAUCAAAAUCUAUCAUUGUAUUUUUGUGUUUCGUUACAUUUGUUGGUACCCUUAAUAGCAUUUUGCGUAACUUUGUAUUUUGGUACCUUGAAGAUCUCGCUAUUAAAACUGGUUACAUGGGCAAUAUUAAAUUGAUAGAAGGUUUAAUUAUAGCAGUGCGGACUUUCGGUGGCGAAAUACUAUUUUUCUUUAUAUCUGGCAAAAUGUUGCAAAAGUUUGGAUAUGAUUAUACUAUUACAUUUUCUUUGAUAUGCUAUGCACUUCGGCUGGGAUUAAUAACUUUAGCGCCGACGCCUUGGUGGGUACUUGGGAUAGAAUUUUUACAGGGGCCGACAUAUGCGCUCUCUUUUGUAAUAAUAGCACUUUACGCAAACGAAGCAACACCAUCUGGUGCUGCAGCUACUGUUCAAGGGCUGGUUUUCGGUUUACAGGAUGGUUUCGGAUUAUUAGUUGGCAGUUUGGGAGGGGGCUUCCUAUAUAAAACAUUUGGCGGUAUAAUAACUCUAAGAAUAUUUUCAGUACUUGCAGCACUUGCAGCAUUAAUAUAUUUUAUUCUUUACACUUUGUAUUUAAAACAUAAAACAAUAGGUAAGAAAUUAAAUCAUUUAACAUCUCAACAUACAACGUACCUCUCUAAUGUAUGAUAGAAUGGUAGAAAGCAAUGUUUUUGUUAUAGACACACGAAGUAAUAUUAAGUGGAGAAAACCGGACGAUGCAAAGAAGCACUGUGUUACAGCAGAUACUUGAUA